AUGGCAGAGGCUUUCGACGACGUUCGGUUUGGCCGCUGGCUGAGGAUGAUGCUAGUCGCCUUCUACAACGACGAGGAGGCGGCUUUGGCCGAACUCCUGUACCGCCGCCAGGCGAUGCUCAAGGACGUCGCACUGGCAAAGCUUCUUCGGCUGCCUGAGCGGCAAGUCCGCCAGCUUUUGGAGCGGAGGCUGGUGCCUGACUGCAUUGUUGACAAGCAGUCUGAGGGAACAGGAGAGAAGUUGCAGACCUUUUACCGCAUCUCGCCGAUCGCAGUUCCUGUUGCAUCCAAAAGGUUGCAGAUGCUGGAUAUGUCCCUGGCUGCCACAGAGGAGGUGCAAGCAAACUGUGGAUGCGCUGAAGGCACGGCGGGCAACAUGACCAGCAAGGGAGGAACCAUGAAGAUCCCCUUUGCCUUUGCAUUCGCCGCGGUUGGUGCCAAAGCUGAGAGCGCGGGUGACAGCUUUGUCCACCUUUUUGAGUGGUCUUGGAAAGACGUCGGCGAAGAGUGCGAAACAUUUCUCGGCCCGAAGGGCUUCAAGGCCGUGCAGGUCUCCCCACCCAUGGAGCACAUCCAGGGCGCGCAAUGGUGGACACGCUACCAACCAGUGACCUACAAUCUGACUAGCCGCUCUGGCAACGAGCAGGAGUUCAAAGAUAUGGUUAGCCGCUGCAAGAAGUUUGGCGUGGAUGUCAUCGUGGAUGCAGUCAUCAACCACAUUGCCGCAGGUGGCGGUACUGGCACUGCGGGCAGCUCCUACGGUGGCCGCGCCACUGCAAUCUUCUCCGCCGAUGAGAUGCACCACGCCGACGGCGACUCAAGCAAAAACUGUGAUGUGGAGAACUACCAGGACAAGCACAACGUGCAGUACUGCGAUCUGGUGGGCUUGCCUGACCUUUGCACUUCAUGCUCCAGCGUGCAGAAGAAAGUGGCGCAGUACCUGUCGAACCUGAUUGAGAUGGGCGUGGCUGGCUUCCGCAUCGACGCAGCGAAGCACCAAGAUGCAGGCGAGCUCAAAGCUCUUCUGCAGCAGACCACCGGCGGCAUCCCUUGGGUCUUCCAAGAAGUCAUCGAGGGUGGCAACGAGGCGGUCACACCGCAGAUGUACCAAGACAUUGGCAAGGUUACCGAGUUCAAUUACGCCCGCCAGCUGUCCCCGAACUUCCUUAGCGAGGGCAAGCUCAAGUAUUUGGACACCUUGGGAGAGAAGUGGGGCCUGAUUGGCAGCGACAGUGCCGUGGUGUUCUUGGACAACCAUGACACACAACGCGGAGAAGCGCAGCUGACAUACAAGUCCGGCAGCAUCUACACGCUUGCGAAUGUCUACAUGCUGGCAUUCCCCUACGGCUACCCCAAGGUGAUGAGCUCCUACUACUUUGACGGCCACGACCAGGGCCCGCCCGGCCAAGCUGUGCAUGGCUCAGGCCUUGCCUGCGGAGAUGGCCAGCCCUGGGUCUGCGAGCAUCGGCGCCCAGAGAUUGCCAACAUGGUCGCCUGGAGGCGUUCUGCUGCGUCUGCAGGGCUGCAGGGCUUCACUGCAACGGAUGAUGGGAACAGCGUGUUCUUUUGCCGUGGCUCUGCGGCUUGCGUAGCUCUGAACCGUGGCCAAGGAAGCUGGAAGACCACUGUGAAGACCACCCUCCCCGCAGGGCGGUACUAUGAUGUCAUGCGCGCCAGCGAUGUGACUGCGUGCCCUGUGGUGACCGUGAACCAAGAUGGUACAGCAGAUAUUGAGGUGCCAUCAUUGAGUGCUGUGGCAUUCCACACUGGAGCAGUUCCCAGCUCGUCUGUCAAGCAGAUCAUCGUUUGA